CAAAUAUCUCGAUCACACCUAUUACCACUGACAAAAUGGCCGAACAGCUGGAAGUGAAGAAAGCGCACAAGGUUGACGACACGUCAUUCCCGUACAUCUUUGAGGAGAAUGCCGAAGUCCCGCUGAAGACCAGCUCGCAAGGUAUUGUGCGGGUCAAUGUCUACCGCCCAAAAUCCACGAGUGAAGGCACCAAGCUCCCCGUACUGGUGACUUAUGGCCCGUACGGGAAAGACAUUCACUACAAGGACUUCCACCCCAAGUCCUACGGCGAAGUGAAUCCCGAACAUCACUCCGAUCACUCAGCAUGGGAAACACCUGAUCCAGGAUACUGGACUAAACAGGACUAUGUCGUCGUGCGCGCCGACGAGCGCGGACUCGGACAGUCCCCAGGCUUCCUGGACACCAUGUCGCGCGGCACAAGCGAGUGUUUCUUCGACGUGGUGGAGUGGGCUGCCGAACAACCAUGGUCAUCUGGCAAGGUGGGCUUGUUGGGAAUCAGCUACUACGCUGGGUCGCAGUGGCGGGUUGCUGCGCGCAGGCCAAAGGGGCUGGCGGCAGUCAUUCCCUGGGAGGGCAUGAGUGACUACUACCGUGAUCGCUGCAGGCAUGGCGGGAUUUUGAGUAACAAGUUUAUUGACUUCUGGUGGAAUCGCCAGGUUAUCACGAACCAGUAUGGUCGACCUGGUCGUGCGGCUCGUAACUGGGGGCCUGAUACUGUAGAUGGGGAUCUCUCUGAUGAGGUGCGAGCGAAGAACCGUCAAGAUCAGACCAUUGACACAAACGCGUCCAAGUACCGUGACGAUAUGUACUACGCGAGCAAAGAGUACGAUAUGAGUGAUAUCGAAGUCCCGUUGCUUUCCGUGGGGAACUGGGGUGGAAUCUUACUUCACCUUCGCGGUAACAUCGAAGGCUAUAUCCACGCAGGGUCGGAGUUCAAGUACCUGCGGUUGAUCACUGGCCGACACGACCUGCCCUUUUUCUACAAAGAGGAAGUCGAGAUCCAGCGUAGCUUCCUCGACGCAUUCCUCAAAGGCGAUGAUCGACUCGGCUGGUCUGUCAAGGGUAAGCUCCCGCCCGUUGACCUAGUCCUCAGAAAAGGCGACGUCGGCUUCGACAACUCCGAAGCGGAAAAGGUCUACGAAAGACGCACAGAGAACGAGUGGCCCAUUGCCCGCACACGCUACACCAAGUUCUAUCUCACGCCAUCCAAUUCCCUAACCCCCGUGGAACCAAUAACAAACCGCCCUCAGAAGCUCUCAUACGAGGCACUAGGCACGCUCGAUAAGCCCAAAGUAAUCCAGUUCACCACUGCGCCCUUCGAAGAAGAGACAGAAAUCACAGGCCACAUCACCGCGCACCUCAACGUCUCCCUCUCGCCCCAUGCCACCGGUCCCACUCCCUCGGACAUCGAUCUCUUCCUCACACUCCGCUAUAUCUCUCCUGCCGGUACCGAAGUCCACUACACCGGCACAGCCGGCGACCCUAUCCCGCUCGCGAAGGGCUGGCUGCGCGUCAGCCUGCGCAAAACAAACCCCUCGCACCCCAAGCACCGCCCUUACCUUCCCUGGCGCGACUACUUCCGCAGCGACGUGCAGCCCGUGAUACCGGGAGACGUGUACGCGGUGGAUGUGGAGGUGUGGCCGACGAACGUGGUGGUGGAGAAGGGUGGAAAGGUGGUGUUUGAGGUCAGCAGUGGGGAUACGCAGGGCAGUGGGAUUUUCCAGCAUAACCAUCCUGAGGAUCGGAGUGAAGAGGUGUUUGGAGGGUGGAACCACUUGCAUUUCAGCGCGUCGUCUCAAAACUAUGUUACGCUGCCGAUUGUGCCGCCGAAGUAG